CGGGGAAGGGUCCCUUCUUGAGUUCAGGGCAUCCGCCUCUGACUUCCCUCCAGGCUCCGGACAAACCCCCAACUGGGGGGGACGGGAGACUCUCAGCUGAGGCACGCCUGGAAACCCUCCCUUCCCCGCCAUUUCUGGGCAGGGAAGGCGCCCCAGGCCUUCCUCUCCCAACCCAGGGAGGAGCAACAGAGUCCAGCGCCCGAGCAAACGAAGACUCAGGGCGGUGCAAGAAGGGCUGCCUUCCCUGGUCCUCUUUGGGGAGACCCAGAGCUCUCGCCUCGUCCUCCCGAAGGGUUAAAGCCACUGAGUCCGCAUUCCUAGAGAGGAAGGUUUUUUUCGAGCAUAAGAGAAAGAUGGACAAGCAAGACUCGGUUGAUCCUGAAGCAGGAAGAGGCCCGGAUGCCAUCAGGACUGUGAGCAGUGGGACAUUCUGUGAAAAAACGGGGCAGAAGAUCUUCGGUGAGGCUCAAGAGACCUUGUGUCAAGUUCAGUCUUCUUCCUCUGAGGCAGAGGAGGCCCCUGGGGACGCCAGGCAGAGUCUGCUGCAAGAGGCGAUCAGGCAGGGUGGGAGUGGAGGUGCCGACACUCAGGGGAACCAAACCAAGCUAGCCACAAGGAUUCAGUUACCCCUUCUUGGUGACGGAGAGAAAUCACAUCAGGAUCCAGUGACCUUUGAAGAGGUGGCCGUGUGUUUCACCCAGGAGGAGUGGGCACUGCUGGAUCCUGACCAGAGGGCCCUACACAGGGAGGUCAUGGAGGAGAAUGCCAGGAUUGUGACAUCUCUCGAUAACUGGAGAAAAUCAUAUUUAUGUAGGAAUUGUGGCGGUUCUUUUAUGCCUCGAUUGAACCUUGCCAGACACGAAACAACCCAUGGAAAAGAGGAAAGAAAUGUCAGAGAGAACCUCUAUGAGUGCCUCAUAUGUGGUAAAUAUUAUUCGGAAAAGAAGGCCGAUGUGCAUCCAAAGAGCGAUUUCAAGUUGUGUCUUAUGAGCAACUCACGAGACCAUCCAGGAGAGAAACCGUACAAGUGUCAACAGUGUGGGAAAUGUUUUACUCGGAAUUCAACGCUCUUAAUGCAUCACAGAAUCCAUACAGGAGAGAAACCAUACAAAUGCCAGGAGUGUGGGAAAUGUUUUACUCAGAAUUCUCACCUUCUGACUCAUCAGACUGUACAUGCGACAGAGAAGCCAUACAAAUGUAAGGAAUGUGGAAAAUGUUUUACUCGGAAUUCAAACCUUUUGAUGCAUCAAAGAGUCCAUACAGGAGAGAAACCCUACCAUUGCCAGGAGUGUGGAAAAAGUUUUGCUCAUGGGUCAGACCUUAGGACUCACCAGAGAGUCCAUACAGGAGAGAAACCCUUCAAAUGCCAGGAGUGUGUGAAGUGUUUUGUUCGCAGGGCAGAUCUUGUGUGUCAUGAGAGAGUCCACACAGGAGAGAAACCCUACAAAUGCCAGGACUGUGGAAAAUAUUUUGUGCGGAAGAAAGACCUUGGGAGCCACGAGAGAGUCCACUCAGGGGAAAAACCGUACAAAUGCCUGGAGUGUGGCAAAUGUUUUGCUCAUAGUUCAAACCUAAUGAAGCAUCAAAGAGUUCACACAGGGGAAAAACCAUACAAAUGUCAGGAGUGUGGCAAAUGUUUCGCUCACAGGUCAGACCUCACCGUGCAUGAAAAAAUCCAUACAGGAGAGAAGCCAAACAGAUGUCUGGAGUGUGGGAAAUGUUUUGUUCGUAAAGUUGACCUUGUGAGUCAUCAGAGGGUACAUUCGGGAGAGAAACCAUACAAGCCGCCAGAGUGUGAGACAUUCCUGCAUUCAUUCCUUCAUUUUAUUUAUACCCCUCCUUUCUCCCGAUAAAGGAGAGGACUUCCCAAAGCAGCUAAUGCUUAGCAAUUUUUUUUGCUUGAAUUUCAAGCCAGAGUUUGCAAGGAAGAUAAAUUAUGCACAAACUGGGACUAUGGGAGAUUUUUUCCCCCAGAGUUUAGGAUUUCUAAUCCAUUAGGGAGUCCACAUACAAGAGAAGUAAUACAAACUACCAGGAGUGUGGAAUGUCUGUUUUCUGGUCAGAAUUCACAGAAAUGUGUGUGUGGCUUUAGAGCCUCCACACAUAGAGUGUCCACAUCAAUAAUGCAGGUUUUCCAGAUUUUGAAUUGAAAGAUGUUCUAGUGCCAAAAAGUGAGGGAAAUGAUGGUCUUUCGGUGAUCCCUAUUUGUAUUUAUAAAGAAAAACUUUUAAAUCUCCCAUUAAGCAUUUGAACUCAUGAGUACUGGGGCUGUGUUUGGACUGAUAGACAAGAACUACAGCUGGCGGGACCUGUGUUCAAAUCCCUGAUUCUGCCCUGAGAGCCAGUGUGGUGUAGAAGAUGCAAUGUCUGACUAAGACUUCGGAAAUCUGAGUUCUCCUGAGCUAGGAGAAAACUCAAUUGGGUGGCAAGGGUAAACCAGUUCCUCAGCAUUUCAUGGACCUUAAAUCCUGUUAUGGCCACCAUAAAUCAGAAGUGACUUGAUGAUCAAUCACAAAAACUGUAACAGCCUAAAGGUUCACUCUGUAACCUUGGGCGAUCCACUCGCUCUUCACCUUUGUUCUUUUUCAAGGAUCCAAGGCAAAUAUGGAUUCUUGCUUGGAAUUGCUAAAACACAUUGGUGGAUCUCACACAUCUUAAUUGGAGAACCAACAUGUGAUGGAGUAGUUGGCAAAUCACAGGGCUAAUGUGAAAACAUUCCAUACUCUAGAACAGAAACGAGACCGUGCUAUAUAUGUUGAAAAUAAAAUAAAAAUUAAUGAGUCUUAGUUUGAUUGGUGCACCCAAAAGUUUCAUUUCUACCAUGGUAUAUUUUGAUUAUUCUGUGCAUUCCUGGGUUUAUUUUUGCAUGUGUAUACAUUAAUAAAAU